UCAAAACCUCUCAAUCUACCCUGAUUUUGUCUGUCAUUAUUUUCUCUUCAUCAACACACCCAAAUUUCUCGUAAAUCUUUAGUAAGACAAUCAAGUAGACCUUAUGGCAAGUUGCAAUAUGGCUUGUGCUGCAUCAAGUUUUUUGGUGGCAACUCCAAAUGUUGCCUCUAACAACAGUAACACUACUUCUCGUACCACUAUGUUAUUUUUCUCCUCCAACGGCAAGACCACCGCCACCCCGAGACUCGUCGUAAGGGCUGCUGAAGAGGCUGCACCACCAGCUGCCGCCGCCACUGCUGAACCAGCUGCUGAAACCAAAGCUGCUAAGCCUAAGCCACCUCCAAUUGGACCCAAGAGAGGAACAAAAGUGAGAGUUCUUAGGAAGGAAUCUUACUGGUACAAGGGCACCGGUUCAGUUGUAGCUGUUGAUCAGGAUCCAAAAACUCGCUACCCAGUUGUUGUACGAUUUAACAAAGUGAACUAUGCUAAUGUAUCAACCAACAACUACGCAUUGGAUGAAAUUGAAGAACUGAAAUGAGUGUGUGCGACUCAUUAGUAUAUUUGUAGAAUGCAAGGCCUUUUCUUUCCAUGUUUAUUCUCUAGUUACAUACUCGCUCUGAAUGUGAAUGAACGCCUAUUUUUAUUGUUA